UAGAUAGAAUGCCGCGUGUUCCCCCCGCCCCUCCCUCUCUACCGUAAAACCCUCUCAUCUAUCAUGCCCUCUUUCGCUCUCUCACUCUCUCUUCCUCUGUCUGUCUUCUGUCUGUCUUCCUUCUUCAAGCUCAUUUUGUUUCUCUGAGCUGAAGCAGUUGCAGAAGCAGCAGCAGCAGCAAAGCACGCAAACAGCACCAUGGUAGCGUUCCUCAUUGUCUUCCUCACAUCUCUGCUAACUCUCACCACUCUCCCCGCCGCAGAGUCGAGACUGUACAGCAACUACUACCAAAAAUCGUGCCCGAGAUUCAACCAAAUCGUCCAAGACACCGUCACCAACAAGCAGAUCACCAGCCCCACUACCGCCGCCGCCACCCUCCGCCUCUUCUUCCACGACUGCCUCCACAACGGCUGCGACGCCUCCAUCCUCGUCUCCUCCACCCCCUUCAACAAGGCCGAGCGCGACGCCGACAUCAAUCUCUCCCUCCCCGGCGACGCCUUCGACGUCGUCGUUCGCGCCAAGACUGCCCUCGAGCUAGCCUGCCCCAACACCGUCUCCUGCGCCGACAUCCUCGCCGUCGCCACCCGCGACCUCGUCACCAUGAUGGGCGGGCCCUAUAAAACGGGCACCCUCCCGAGGCCAGCCAUGCCGGUGUCUCAGCUCAUCCAGGUGUUCGGGUCCAGGGGCUUUUCCGUCCAGGAAAUGGUUGCCCUCAGUGGGGCCCACACCAUCGGGUUCGCCCACUGCAGCGAGUUCAGCUCCGCGAUCUACAACUACAGCAAGUCGGAGCAGUACGACCCGCAGUACAACCCGAGAUUCGCUGCCGGGUUGCAGCAGGCCUGCGCCGAUUACCACAAGAACCCGACGAUGUCGGUGUUCAACGACGUCAUGACCCCCAACAAAUUCGACAAUGUCUACUUCCAGAACUUGCCCAAGGGUUUGGGGCUUUUGAAGUCGGAUCACGCCUUGUUCAAUGACCCGAGAACCCGGCCUUUCGUGGAGCUCUACGCCAAGGACCAGAACUCCUUCUUUCAGGCGUUUGCGAGGGCGAUGGAGAAGCUCGGCGUGCACGGGAUCCAGACCGGGAGGCGAGGAGAGAUUAGGCACAGAUGCGAUGAGUUCAAUUAACUAGUUAAUAUUCGAUUUAUUCAAAAUAAUUAUAAUAUAAAAAAAGGGCUUUUGUUUUAAUUUUCAUUGUUGUCUAAGUGCAUUUGCAUAAGCAUUCGUGGUGAGAUUUGUGAGAGGACCUGCUGAUACUAUGUAUACAUACAUGUUUAAUUUUUGUAUUAA